AUGUUCUCCAUUCUCAGCAUCGCCCUCUGCUUCUUCUCACUCCUCGUCGGUCUUGUUCACGCUCAAGGCAUUGGCCCUGAUCCAGCACCAGGUGAACUCUGUGCCCCCCAAGGUCAAAUUAUCAGCUCUUUCGACAACCGCUACAUCUUGAAAUGUACUGGCCUUGGUCGAUGGGAGAUCGUAGAAAUCUGCGUGUCGGAGCCGCUCAUUGUCAACGGUCCACCAGGUGCAUGCGUUCAUGGAGUCGAUGGCCCAGCGUGCUCUGACACUGGUGGCACUCGGAUGAUUUCUAUCUUCCGUGCUGCACUUGGUGCCCUCCUUCUCUCUGCCUUCGCGGUAGCCAACCCUCUCCCUGCACCCCAAUUCAGUACUGGUACUCCAUGCGAGAACAUCCCAAUCGGUACAUACAUGUGUGCUGAUGACAACUACUGGAUCUCCAUCUGCAACAGUCAAGAUGUCUUCGAGCUCGUUGCUGAGUGCAAUGGUCGCUCCUGUGCCUAUGACUCUCAAGGGCUAAGCACGCUCUCUUCUCGCACAAAUCAUAUUCGUCAAGGAUGGUGGUCGGGCUCUGGAUCACUUUCAAAUUGGCUUGGUCGCGGACAUAAGGGUUUGUUGAUCAUCACAUUGGGAUUGCUCGCUAUGGACACAUGGAAUUAG